UUUGAGUUUCUCUUUUGGGAAAAAAGGAAAAAAAUAGUUUCUCUUUUUAUCCAUUCCCUCGCCCAUUCCACCAACUGCGUUCUUUUACGAUUAAGCUAUGGACGCUCGCGGGUGUUUCUCACAUAAUUCCAGCCUACUUUCGUCUUCAAUACAUAGCCCGAAUACAACUACGGCGGUGACUCUCCGCGUCGUCUCUUCUGGUUCACCGCCCCUACUGAAACAUAAUAAACAGAAAUCUUCAGGAAACAAGUCGUCUAUAACUUCACCUUCGAUAAAUAAACCAGGUCGUUCUGAUAAUGCAAGCAAUGCACCAAAGCUGAAUUUGGAAGUAUCGCCUCACAGAGCAGUCUCUGCUGUGAGAUUGAUGCGGAUCGAGUUCGGGGGCGCAUUUGCUGACCUGUUGAACGAGCAAGGCAAGGGCUCAGGUGACAAUGAAAUGGGAUAUGUUGAGAGAACUCUUGGAUUCCGUACUCGUAAUUUGGAUGAUAGAGACCUCCGCCUGGUAACAGAAAUCGUGGGGGGAACUACUCGUUGGAGGAGAUAUCUUGAUUAUUUGAUUCUAUCCUUGUGUCAUGAUCAGAGCACUUUUGGAAGCAUGGAACCUCUUCUGUUGCAGCUUACACGUUGUUUUCAGAUUCUUCGAAUUGGUUUUUAUGAGAUUGUCAAGCUCGAUAUGCCCUCAUAUGCAGUUGUGGAUGAGAAUGUAAAGCUUGCAAAGGCUGCAUUAAGACUUGGUGCUGGUAAUAUGGUUAAUGCGCUUUUGAGGAAGCUGGUGUUGCUUAAGGAAAAGAACUCACUCCCUUCACCAAAAGUGGAUGGUAAUGACAGGCAGCAAGCACGUUCUCUAGCCAUCAUCCAUUCUCAUCCUGUUUGGAUGGUGAGACGAUGGACUAGAUACUUUGGUCUUGAAGAAGCUAUCAAGUUAAUGAUGUGGAACAAUGCUGAUCCUUGUUUCAGCCUCAGAGCAAAUACAGCUACAGGAUUCACACAGGCUGAUCUAGUUAUGGAACUUGAGAAGUUGAAGGUUCCAUAUGAACUUUCUCAGCACUUGGAUGAUUUUGUCCGGAUCAGAACGGGAAUGCAGGCUGUCAUACAGGCCGGAUUACUCAGAAAAGGUUUUUGUUCUGUCCAGGACGAAAGUGCCGGAAUGGUGGUUAAGGUUGUGGAUCCAAAGCCUGGGGACAAUAUUAUCGACUGUUGUGCAGCACCAGGAGGAAAGACUCUUUUCAUGGCUUCACGUAUGGAUGGCCAAGGCUGCAUAUAUGCAAUCGACAUAAACAAAGGCCGACUGAGAAUCCUCAAUGAGGCUGCCAAGCUGCAGCAAGUCAAUGAUAUUAUCACACCUAUCCAUGCUGAUCUCUGUGAAUUUGACAAUAAUGGUAAGAAAGCUGAUAAAGUUUUGCUGGAUGCUCCUUGCUCCGGAUUAGGAGUUCUGUCAAAGAGAGCAGAUUUACGCUGGAAUAGGAAAGCGGAAGACAUGGAACAACUUAAAAAUUUGCAAGAUGCACUUCUUGAUUCAGCUUCCACUUUGGUAAGGCCAGGCGGAGUACUGAUAUACAGCACAUGUUCAAUUGAUUCUGAGGAGAAUGAGGAAAGAAUAGCUGCUUUUCUUCUGAGAAAUCCAGAAUUCCAAAUAGAUCCUGCAAAUAAAUACGUAUCAUCCGAUUUUGUUACGGAAGAUGGUUUCUUUUUCUCUAAUCCCGUCAAACACGCGAUUGAUGGAGCCUUUGCAGCUCGGCUUUUAAGAUCUUGCUGACUAAUAACACAUUCAGACCAUCAUAUGAGCUAUUUUUCUUUUCAUAAAAGUUCCGUAAAGUCGACGGCUUUUAAGAGCUCGUCUGAUUUCUUUCCUGGCCUGUAGGGGUCAGGCAAUAUUCGGCCCUUUUUUUGUUUUUUCACAAAGAAAGCUCGACUAAGGGGUGCUUGUUUAAAAAGUGGAAACUCGGGGUUUUAUCAUUGGACAAAAGCCGAAUUAGAUUGCUUGGAAAAAGCUGGAGCUUUUGGAUCUGAGUCUUUAUAUGGAGCUUGUCUAUGUAAUAUCUUGAGAAGGGGGAAAUUUUUGGUGUUGUUUUAUGAUCUGAGUUGUAUACCAUGUUCAUGUUCAACUAAAGUCACUAGCACUUGUCAAUUGUAUUGUGUCUUUCUGAGUUUGUCAUAGUUUAUUCUCAAUUGUAUUUAAGGAACUGCUAUUGGGUCCCUACGUCAGGUAGCUUUCGUACAUGCUUCGUAAAUAUUUGACAACAUGUUGCCAUUGAAAUAGUGACACAUGUCCUUUU